GGUCGGUCGCUCAAGGUCGAUAGAGGUUCAAUGUUCUGAUCUCCUGCAAAUAGAUCAUCAAUUUCUUUGGUCGGGAAUACUUAAACUCAGCAAAAGAGCAAUGCGCUCACGUCCUACUAUCAACGGACGGGGGCAAUAACUUGAUUCAGGAAGGCUCGCGCUCGAUGAGGGAUUAACACAAUCACGGGCUGCAAACAGUGAGCAAUGACUUGGAUCAGUGCAGCUCGAGUUUGGAUGAGGAUCGGCACGCUCACAGUUUGCGAAUGGGGGGCAACGACAUUGAUCAGCAUUGUUUGAGCUCGAACGAUGAUUGACACACUCAUACCCUGCGAAUGGUGGGCAAUCAUUUGGAUCAGGAUCGACACACUCACUUCCUGUGAACGGUGGGUAGUGACUUGGAUCAGCAUGGCUCGAACUCGAAUGAGGAUUGAUGCACUCACAGACUGCGAACAGUGGGCAAAGACUUGGAUCAGCAUGGCUACAGCUUGAAAGAGGGUCAAUACACUCACGGACUGCUAACAGUGAGCAAAGAUUUGGAUCAGCAUGGGUCUUACUCGAAAGAGGGUCAAUACACUCACUUCCUACGAACGGUAGGCAACGACUUGGAGCAGCAUCACUCUUGCUCGAACCAGGAUCGACAGACUCACUUCCUGCAAACGGUGGGCAAAGACUUGGAUCAGCAUGGCUUCACCUCGAACAAGGACCAACACACUUGCAUACUGCGAACGGCGGGAAACAACUUGGAUCAGCAUGGCUCUUGCUCGAACGAGGAUUGACACACUUACUCUCUGCGAACGAUGGGCAAGUUGGCAACGACGUGGAUCAGCAUGGCUCUUGCUCGAACAAGGAUCGACACGUUCACAUACUGCAAACAGUGGGGAACGACUUGGAUCAGCAUGGUUCGAGCUCAGAGAUCAACACGAUGCCAUGUCCCAAACUCUGUCAACAGUUCUUCAGCCGCUGCAUCAUCAAUUGGUGUGUUUUACCAAGACGUAAUUUAACCAUGCACUGGUGCCUGUAACUGCUUCCGCUGGUCGCACAAGUGUAUAUGCCACAUCGUGCUAGGUGAUGUCGCGUUGUCUAUACUUUCCUUGCUGACUUUGACCCGCUCCGUGAUUUGACCUGUUUCAUGGC